UACAAUCUCGAUUGUGGAUAGGCACAAGUGGAUUAUACUUUCAUUCUUUCCAUCCUGUAUUAUAUUCGUAUUCAUAUUAAAAUAUGGCAGAUACGAAAGUUGAUUCCGCUACGGAACUUUCUGCAAAGGACCUGAAGGAGAAGAAGCUUCUCGAGGAGAAGGAGAAUGGAAAAGACACUACAAAUGGAAAGGAAAAUGAGGAGAAUGGUGAACCUGAGAUUGAUGAUGAAGACGAUGAGGAAGUAGAUGAGGACGAGGAGGAAGAUGAUGGAGAGGGUGAUGAAGAUGAGGAUGAAGAUGAUGAUGAUGAUGUUGGGGGUGGAACGAAAAGGGCAGCAGAAGAUGAUGACGAAGAUGAUGAGGAUGACGUGGACCCCAAGAAGCAGAAAACAGACGAUGAUGAUUAAAGGAUCUUCCAUACUGCUGAACUACUAUUGAAGCCUCACCUUCAACAAAUUUUGUUGAAGCUAGCGGCAAAGGACUCAAAAAAAAAAAAAACAUAAACAUGGUCAUGAGUAACUAAGUCAUAUUCAACUAACCAAGCAACAACCAAUUCAACCCACAACU